GGCGGCGGCCAUGAUCAGCCCGCUGCUCGUGCGGCGGCUGGUCUUCCUCGGGCGCGCCCGCGGCUUCAGGGGCCUCGACGGCCAGCUCCUGAUCCGCGAGGGCGGCCUGCUAUGGCUGCUGGCCCAGCUGUCGCUCGGGCUGCCGGCUGUGGGCCACUGGCCCAAGCACAGGGUGCGCCGCCUGCUCGGGGGCUGCUGGGUCGCCGACGAGGGCGCGGAGCGAGUCUACUCGCUCCACGCCGUCGGCGAGGCGCUCGCCCACGCGCCGGCCCUCGUCGGCGGCGUCCCCUCGUGGGAGCAGGCGCUGUCCGAGCUGGAGCGCGGCGCCGGCGGCGCCGAGGCGGGCGCGGGCCCCGCGGGCGCGGCGGCCGCGGCCCCGACAGGCGCUGGCGCUGGCGCCGGCGGCUCCAGCGGCGGCGGCGCUGCGGCAGCAGAGGGCCUGGCGCUGGCGCUCAGGAUGAAUCGGUAUUUCUCCAUGCGCGGCGGCUUCACCAUGGCUGCCAAACGCAUGCUGGCCGACGCCCCUGCCAGCCGCCUGGGCUUUGCACUCGGCGUGGACGUCCAUCCGAGCACGGUCGCGCAGUGGGAGGUGAAGCUGAGGGCGUCGCGCGUCGCAUCCAUGAGGUAUUUCAUCAGGUCAGGAUAUAGCGGCAUCUUCGCAACGCUGUCUCGCAGACUCGCCGUUGCUGCCUCGCGCGGGUCCGGGUCUGGCGCCGAGGGGGAUGAGUUUGAGAUUGGUUGGGGCGCCGUCGUUCACUGUCUCCGCGGUGAUGCCACCAACGCCCAGGUGACCCGCUGCCCCGAGGUCGGCGCGAUCCCGCUGUGCAAGGUCGCUGGCGUUGAGCUGUUCAACUCUGUGGGCCGCCACGGCUCCUUCGCCGUCCCAGAGUUCAGCCCAGCCUGGAUGGUGACCGAGCUGAAGGAGAAAGAGGCUGCAGAGCCCACGGACCUCCUGAUGGCGUGCGUGGAGAAGACGGUCACGUGGACGUACAAGUACACAGAGAUCGCGGAUCUCAAGGCUCUCGACGUGCGCAUGACCGUCGUGCAGCUGGAGAUGUCCACAGAUGCGGUGGCCGCCUUCGACAAGGCGGCGGAGGGGACCCGCUUCCGCCUGACCAGGAGGCCCGCGCCCCAUGCGCUGACCGCCACCCCGAAGCCCGUGCCCAAGAAGGGCAAGGGCAAGGCCAAGGGCAAGGGCAAGGGCACCGGCACCGACGGCGACGCCAACGGCAGCGGGCCCGCGGCGGCGCCCCCGAAGCAUCUGAAGCACCUGAUGCGGUGA